CUGAGCUGAGCUCCACCCCCGCAGGGCGGUUCCUGCUCCAGGCGAAGCACGAGUGUUACUUCACCAACGGCACCGAGCGGGUCCGGUAUUUGUACCGGGACAUCUACGACCGGCAGCAGCUCGCGCACUUCGACAGCGACGUGGGGGUGUACGUGGCGGACACGGAGCUGGGGCGGCCCGACGCCGAGCACUGGAACAAGGACCCGGCCGAGCUGGCGUACAGGCGGGCUCAGGUGGACACGUUCUGCCGGCACAACUACGGGGUGGACAAACCCUUCACCAUCGACCGGAGAGGUGAGUGCGGGCGGGGGGGGGAG